AUGUGGGACCUGAGCAACUUCACGGAGGGGGAGGCGCGCCGGCUGGGGUACGCGAUCCGCGAUGUGUUGGAGAUGAAGGGCAUGUUCUUCAUGGGCAGGGUCCGGACUUCGCUCCGGGCGGCGUUCCACAAGAGGCACCCGGGCGAGUUCAUGCCCGCCGCGCCCCUGCGGGCCAUCAACUACACGUCGGCCGGCGGCGCCUUCAGCGCCCUCUCGCCCGCGGGGAGGCCCGUGUCGUGCCUGAUGAAGAUUGGGUUCGAGAAGGGGGGCACCAAC